AUGUCGAGUGACGUCAUUAUAGACGGAACAAUAAUUGAUGAGGCGAUAAUGGAUGAAUCUCAAAUUAUCGAACAAGAAGAAGGUGAGGUCUUCGUGUUCUUUUUUUCUAAGAAAAAAAUGAAUAUAAAUAUUCAAAAAUUUUUUUGAUUUUCAAGUUUUCGUGAAACUUGAUUUAAUGAAUUUGUUUUUUUAAAUUUUUAUCUGAAAUUUUAGUUUAAUCAAAAAAACUUGCAGAUAUCCCACAUGAUGGCCAUAUUGAAGAAGACGUUGAAGAUGAUCUUCAUCAUGAAAUGAGACAUCUCAGUCAUCAAGAAGACGUCAUGGAGGCUUCUCAUCAUAAAAAUCACGUCUCUACCAUACACUACGUCGAAGAAGAAGAAGAAUACGAAGAAGACGUAGAUGAUUACGAAGUCAUUGAUGAUCCUCAUAAUGCCGCUCACUAUAAAAAGGUUUGUUUUGUUUUUAUUGUUUCAAGCUUUAUUUUUCAAUAUUGUAUAGUUGUUGUAAAUUUUCAGCACUGCUUUUUAAGAUUUAAAAAAUUUGAGAUGAGAUGAAAAAACGUCAACUUUUUGAAAAAAAAUGAUCCUUGAGAAUUUUGCUUGAUUCUUGUUAAUUUCUUUUAAAGUGGAAAAAUUCAGAAGGCCCUCUAUCACACGAUUCAUACGGAAGAGUCAAGUUCAAUGCAAAUGAACAGCGGUCAUCCUUUUAUCACGACUUACAAGCAUUCUUCCCCGAGCUACGUUGUUCCAAGUUCGCCAGUGCAUUAUUCGGAUCAAGUAGUUGCUCGAUAUCGUAUUUAUUCAUAUUCAACUUAUUCCAGCCAAAACAUCUCUCCUAUGGCCGUCAGCAGUCAUAUUCUAGAAGAGGUACUUUUUCAACGUUUUUUUCUGAUUACCUUACAAUGAGGCUUUUUUGUUGUAGCGCCACCUAUGCAGUCCAAACAUCAACAACAAUUGAUGGCCAACUGGCAACGAGAUCAAAAACGGUUUUUUUUAAUAUUCAACCUUAUCAAUGCUUCGCAUUUUUAGGAGAAUGGAUAUUCUUGAAAUAAUGGACGCCCUGCCGCCGCAAUACCACGAUAGGUACCGAAGAAUGUUCGCAAAGCAGGGGGUUUUGCUCGACGACAAGCCGAAGUCUCAUUAUUUGAAAGAAGAUGUAAAUUUUAAGAAAGUCAUUAAUAUCCAAUCCCUUUAAAGUUACAGUUCGCCAAACGGCGCAGCACCAGUCAAGUCCGUUCAGGAUCUGAACAGUGAGCUUUUGUAUAUCAUUUCACUUACGAAAACAAUACGUUUCAGAUUUAAAGCCUACGGAGUUCCAAUAAAAAGCAAAUACCGAGCACUCAUGGAGGUGGGUGAAAAAAGAAACAAUGUUGAGGGAAAAUUUCUGUUUUUAGAAGGUGAGCAAGGGGUACCCUGCAGUAGAAGAAGAUUACGAAGUGAGUUGGGAACUUCGAUGAAACUUUUUAUUGGAACUUUUCAGGCGAUACUGGAAGAAAAGGAAGAGAUUAUCAAGCAACCCACUGCUCGAAUGAACAACAUGCGGAGAAAAUACGAUGUAUUAUCUAUUUCCACAAUUUCUUUGGAUGAUUUUUUGCGUUAUAGGAGAAUCUACGGUACUGCGUGGGCUGCAAGAUGGAGCUUAGAAGGUCUGUGUACUACCAUCACGCAAGAAUGAUCCGAGAACACGGCGCCUGCAAUCUCUUCACACCUCAACGAUUUCCCUGCAAUGUGGUGAGAUCAUGAAAAUCUCGAACUUUUUCAAACUCUUUGAAAUUAAGUGCGAUGAAAGGCUGGGAACACUGGAAAAACUGUGUAGUCAUCUGGAACAAAUUCACGGUGCACCGACAAAAAUCAAAACCAAAAUUUUCGAUGACGAGGAAGGAUUUCAGGUAAAAGGCUUAAAAAGUAAUUCAAAAAUUAUGUCUGCAGGCUUUCCGAUUAGAACUUGAAGGGCGUGGUGGAAACUUCCGUAUGGCUCGAGGAAACAAGAAGAAUAAGGUAAAAUUUUCCAACCAUUUUUAAAGAUUAAAGGUUUUUUAUUCAGAAAGGUGUCGUGCAAUACUUCCGCUGCAAUAGGACUUUGACUCAGCCAAAAACGGAGGAAGAACUGCCUUCAAAAGCGUACGCAAAGCCGGUAGUUUUUAUCGACUUGUUCUUUCGAAAUAAAAACAUUUGUGAAGGUCCGAAAAAGAGGAGAGCUGUUCGAGCGACCUUAUGGAGUGAAGCAGAUUAUUCGAACAGAACAGUCUUGCACAGCUUUUUUCAUCAAAGCUUUUCUGCCUGAUGGGUUUGUUCUGUCAAGGGCAAGUCCAUCCCAAUAAUUUCUUUCAGAAGAAUUGAAGUGCGUUACUGUGAUUUCCAUCUCCAUGAGGAUGAACGUCUCCGAUUGCCAGAGCCAGUGAGAGAACGAAUAUUAGAGAUGUCUCAAAAGAAUCUGCCUCAUGCCGUUAUUAUCAUGGUGAUCAAAGGUUAGGUCUCCAUGUCAUGUUUUCGAAAAAGAAGACUUUUUCAGAAGAGAUCCAUCAAUACGCCAAACGGGGUUCUGCCAAUGAAAGACGAAUCAACGACAUCAAAGCACAAGACGUCCGUCAAAUCUUGGCUGCCUACCAUCGUCAAGAAAGAAGUUUGGAAAAUGUUCUCUCACAGUUGCAAAUUAGAAUUUCAGACGCUAAAAAGAAUCCGGCUAUAAAACCUCGGAAAAGACGGGGACUUGCAGCUUUGAACCCAACUUUGGAGUUUGAUCAGAAAACUUUGGAUGAAGGUGAGAGAUCAACUUUUUAUCGAGAAAGCCCUACUCUGAAGCUGAGAUUUUUUCAAGAAACGUAUAAAGAUCUUGAAAACGCCUAAUGUGAAGAUGAUAAAAAAAUUUGAGUAAUUUCAAAAAAAUUUUUACAUUACGCAAAUUUUUCCAAUUUCUAAUUUCGAAAAAAAUUCUUUUUUUCAGAUGCGAAAGCGAAAAAUUUCGGACGAAAACCAGUCAACUUCGCAGCUCACAGAAACUGAAAAAGCGUUGCAAGGCCGUUUUUUUGAGAAGAACAGGGAAGCAAUUCUGGGUGAACUGCAGGAGCGCGAAAAAAACUUGAUACCGAGAAACGGUUUUUCAUUUUUUUGUCUUUUCAUUUUGCCUGUGGUUUCAGCGUCGUUUUCGAAUGCAUUCGUGAGAGGGUUAUAUAUCUCCAGAAAUUUUUCAAAGUAAUAAACUUUGAGAGAAUUAAUGGUUAAAAGGAAAUAUUCAGGAGUUCGACCCGUCUUCCUACCAGAAGCCUGAUGAACUGGUUUUCAACUCGCUUUUUGCUUCUGUUAACGCGGUUUGAAGAUUUUCAGAACUAUUUCGAAAAUAAUUUAUUUUUUCUAGUUAGUCACUGAUUUGAAACCGCCGAAGAAAGUCAAUAAAUUGCUCGAUUACGAUUUGGCGCACAAUGCAGAAGAAGUUGACACAACUCAUUUCGGCUACGAGCCAGAAAACUACAUUUUGGAUGAGUAAGUUUCAUUGAAUGACGGAUAAACUUCAUGGAUAAAACUUGUCAGUGACGACGAUUUGGAUGAACAACAAGGAGGCGUUCCAGUCACCUACGACGUCAUAGUGGACGGAUAUCAGUACAUGCCGGAAACUGACAAUGGGGAAUCUGUGGUCGUUUACUACGACACUCAAGUCUCGGCAAAAGAUCAAGAAAUGGCUCAUUCGGCUGCCUCUCCGCUGCCAGAAGCGGAAACGAGUUACUCCGCAGAGACCACAGCAGAGAUCGAUCCUUCACAUGAAAUCCCGUCGUCUUCGCACGAAGAGGCGCCUGAAACUACUUAUGAAACCGUGCAGCAAACUGAGGAGGUUCGUUUAAGCACUAACCUUUAGAUACAAUAAUAAAUCUUUCAGCUCAAUGAGGUAGAAGUUGUUGAUACGCCCAAAGAGUACGAAGUGUACGAGGAACAUCAAACAAGGAACAUCAAAUCGCUUCCUGAUGGCUCCGGAUAUGUGCUGGACGACGGUGGAAUGCUCACGGAAGUGGCCUAUGAAGUGGAGCCAGAAGCGGAGCCGACCGCGGAACCACUGCCGGAGUUGGUCGUCAGUGUCCCAGAGUCUACAACAGAGAAGCAAACUCGCAAAAAUGCUCGUGGAAAAGGCCUCCUUUCCGCAAACCAAGCAUCGGCCAAGCCGAAGUACCCUGUCGCUCUUAUUAAACAAGUGAGUUUUUUUUCUGCAAGACCAAAAAGCUUUACUGCUUGUGAAGGCUGCGUAACUUUAAUUUUUACAUCUAGUUUCUCGUAGUUUUGAACCUGUCUGUGAUCUACUUUUGUUCUUAUCUAAUUGUUCGCUUUUUAAUGAACUUUGGAUGAACUUGAACUUCGAAAACCUCUGGAAGAAAAAAAUAUCUAUAAAAAGUUUCAGAGAGUGCCUCAUCAAACUUCCUUCGUCCUCUACUCACCAAGAGGCCGCAAACGCAGACAAAACGGAACCCGAGCGACGCAAGUACAGGAGACAGAAGAGUUCGAAAAGGCUGCGCCGCCGCCGGAAGAACAGCAGAACGAGCCCUUGGAAGCGGCGCCGGCCCCAGAGGAAAACGAUCCAGCCGUUGACAGUGAAACUGAACCGCCGAAGGCAAAACGAACUCGAUCAGGCAGAAUAGUCAAGGCCAAACAACUGGCUGAUUAUGAAUAA